AUGGAUGUGAAGUCGGCUUUCUUGGAUGGCCUAUUGGAGGAAGAGGUCUAUAUUGAUCAACCUUCGGGAUAUAAGAAUGCUAAAAAUGGUGACAUCUUACUUGUUUGCUUGUACGUAGAUGACUUGAUAAUUACAGGAAAUAAUCCAAAGAUGUUGGAAGAAUUCAAGAAAGCAAUGGCUAGAGAAUUUGAGAUGACGGACAUUGGCCUAAUGUCCUACUAUCUUGGAAUUCAAGUAGCACAAAGGAAGGAUGUCAUUUUUAUUUCUCAAGGAGAGUAUGCAAAGGAAAUUCUCAAGAAAUUUGAGAUGGAGAAUUGCAAUCCCGUAAGCACCCCCGUUGAAUGUGAAGCUAAAAUAUUCAAGCAUGGAGAUGGAGAUAGAGUCAAUCCCAUAUUUUUCAAGAGUCUUAUUGGAAGCUUAAGGUAUUUGUCAUGUACAAGGCCGGAUAUUCUUUUUGGAGUUGGACUCCUGAGUCGCUUUAUGGAAACUCCUACUAUCUCGCACUUAAAGGUAGCCAAAAGAAUACUUCGGUACAUCAAAGGUACGCUUGAUUAUGGAAUUCUUUAUUCAUCUUCGAAAGAAUCCAAGUCCGUGGGAUAUUGUGAUAGUGACUGGGCUGGUGAUAUUUAUUAUCGGAAGAGUACUACUGGGUUUGUUUUCUUUCUUGGAAAUUCCGCAUUUACAUGA